UCCGCUUUUCUAGAUUUGAUGCUGUUUCUGCGCUUGAACAGCAGCGCAUAAUAUUUUCAGUCAUUCUCCUGUUCCAAAAUUGGGGGGAUUGGCAGUCACAAUGGCGUUGCACGUACCGAAAUCUGGAUUUUCUUCCAUGCUGAAGGAUGGAGCGAAGCACAUGUCUGGUUUGAAUGAGGCUACGUUCAGAAACAUUUCAGCAUGCAACGAGCUAACUACCGUAAUACGUAGCUCUUAUGGACCAACUGGCAUGAACAAGAUGGUAGUCAACCACCUUGGCAAGGUGUUUGUCUCCAGUGAUGCACAAACAAUUGUGCGAGAGCUUGAGGUUCAACAUCCAGCUGCUAAGAUGCUCGUUAUGGCAUCUGACAUGAUGGAGCAGGAGUGCGGUGAUGGUACCAACUUUGUCCUGAUCCUUGCUGGCAUGCUGUUGGGUGGUGCAGAGGACCUGUUGAGAAUGGGUCUCUCUGUUCCUGAAGUUGCUGAGGGCUAUGAAAUGGCUGCUGCCAAGGUGCAGGAGAUUCUUCCAGGUCUUGUGUGCUCAAAACUUGAGAGCCUAACUGAUGUUGAGCAAGUUGCCAAGGCAAUCAAGACAUCUGUUGCCAGCAUGCAGUAUGGCUAUGAGGGUUUCUUGAGCAAGCUUAUUGGCGAGGCAUGUGUGUCAGUGUUGUCAGAGAAGAGAGGAUUCAGUGUGGACAACAUCCGUGUCUGCAAGAUCCCGGGAAGUGGUGUGCUUCAGUCCAAGGUCAUCCGCGGUAUGGUCUUCAAGCGCGAAGUAGAAGGUGAUGUCACUCGGGUGGAAAAUGCCAGAAUUGUGUGCUUCAACUGUGCAUUCGACUUCAUGCAGACAGAGACCAAGGGCACUGUGCUCAUCAAGACAGCCAAGGAAUUGCUCAGCUUCAGCCAGGGAGAAGAAGAUCUGCUUGAAGCACAAAUUAAGGCACUGGUUGAUCUCGGAGUCAAUGUUGUUGUGUCACAAGGCAAGCCAGGUGACAUGGCCAUGCAUUUCGCUAACAAGCACGGUCUGAUGGUUGCCAGAGUCAUGUCAAAGUUCGAUUUGCGCCGCCUUUGCAGCAGUAUCAAUGCAACUGCCCUCCCAACAAUGACUGUCCCAACCAAGGAGGAACUAGGAUCUUGCGAUCUUGUACAUGUCACAGAAAUUGGCGACACCUCCCUUACUGUCUUCCAGCAGAACCGCCAGGAGAACGCCAUUGCAACCGUCGUUGUGCGUGGGUCUACCAGCAACCUGAUGGACGACAUGGAGCGCGCUAUUGAUGACGGUGUCAACACAUUCAAGACUCUGACAAGGGACCCUCGUUUCGUUCCCGGAGCAGGUGCCACCGAAGUUGAGCUCGCAUUGCAGCUUGCAUCAUACUCGAGGACUAUUCCUGGAGUGCAACAGUACGCCAUCAAGAAGUUCGCUGAUGUGUUGGAGACUUUCCCGCGUACUUUGGCAGACAAUGCUGGUGUCAAGGCAAAUGCCGCUAUCUCCAAGUUGUAUGCUGCACAUCAAGAGGGUAACAAAAACGCCGGAAUUGAUAUUGAGAGUGAAACCGCUGCACAUGUUGACGCUUUCGAGGCUGGAAUUCUCGACCUCCUAACAAACAGAUCAUGGGCCGUGAAGCUGGCUACUAAUGCUGCUGCGACUGUUCUCCGCGUUGAUCAGAUCAUCAUGGCGAAGAAGGCUGGUGGCCCCAAGCCUCCCAAGCAAGGUCCAAUGGAUGCGGAUGACUGAUCAAAUUUUUUAUCUUCUAGUUGUGCAACAAAAAAAUCUAACAUACUGUACAUAUGUUUCAUACAUUUCAUAUUCCUAUAAAACACAUAGAAUUCAAUGUCAAAUUCUCCCUCCCAACUUUUCUUGCAGUUUGAAGUGUACGUGAUCUCCUGGCUAACAGCUGGUUGUAGUGAAUUAUGCAUGUCCGGAGAGGGAUGGCCUUCCUUAUGCAGUAUUUUCAACCGUUUGUUGGGUCUUAUGUUGUUUUUGUGGAAAAUGGGUUCGUUAUUUCACAUCAUAGUAACCCUGUGAAGAAACGGUUGUUGCGACUUUGGCGAUACUGUGAUCAUGGUAA